UGCGCAGGCGCGGCCCUUCCCGGCGUGCUCAGCGCCGGCUCAUGGCGGCGGCGGCGCCGGGGCGGUUUUAAAUUUAAGGGAAAAUGUCACUUUACGAUGACCUGGGGGUUGAGACCAGUGAUUCCAAAACAGAAGGCUGGUCCAAGAAUUUCAAACUGCUGCAGUCUCAGCUGCAGGUGAAGAAAGCAGCUCUCACACAAGCAAAGAGUCAGAGAACAAAACAAACCACAGUCCUUGCUCCAGUGAUUGACCUGAAACGAGGCAGCUCCUCUGAUGAGAGGCAGAUCGUGGACACACCUCCUCAUGUGGCAGCUGGGCUAAAGGAUCCUGUCCCUAGUGGUUUUUCUGCAGGAGAUGUGUUGAUUCCCCUGGCAGAUGAGUAUGAUCCCAUGUUCCCAAAUGACUACGAAAAAGUGGUGAAACGUCAGAGGGAGGAACGGCAGCGGCAGCGGGAGCUGGAGAGGCAGAAGGAGAUUGAAGAGAGGGAAAAAAGGCGUAAAGACAGACAUGAAGCCAGUGGGUUUUCAAGACGACCAGAUCCAGAUUCUGAUGAAGAUGAAGAUUAUGAAAGGGAAAGACGGAAAAGAAGUAUGGGAGGAGCUGCCAUUGCACCACCCACUUCUCUCGUGGAGAAGGACAAAGAACCUGUAGCAUCAUUCCCAUAUGAGGAGGAGUCAAGACCUCGGGCACCUUCUUCCAAAGCAGCAAUUCCUCCCCCGGUGUACGAUGAGCCAGAGAGACCUCGUUCCCCCACAGGACCCAGCAACUCCUUCCUCGCCAACAUGGGGGGGACAGUUGCUCACAAAAUCAUGCAGAAGUAUGGUUUCAGAGAGGGCCAGGGGCUGGGCAAACAUGAACAGGGGCUCAGCACAGCACUGUCAGUAGAGAAAACAAGCAAGAGGGGUGGCAAGAUCAUUGUUGGUGAAUCUACAGAGAAAGAAACGGGCAAGAAGGCGGAUUCCAACCCCUUAACUGAGAUCCUGAAAUGCCCAACUAAAGUGGUCUUACUGAGGAACAUGGUCGGUGCUGGGGAGGUGGAUGAAGACCUUGAAGUUGAAACUAAGGAGGAAUGUGAGAAAUACGGCAAGGUUGGGAAAUGUGUCAUCUUUGAGAUCCCUGGUGCCCCUGAUGAUGAAGCUGUAAGAAUAUUUUUAGAGUUUGAACGGGUUGAAUCUGCCAUCAAAGCUGUUGUGGAUCUAAAUGGAAGAUAUUUUGGAGGCAGAGUGGUGAAGGCUUGUUUCUACAACCUGGACAAGUUCAGAGUGCUGGAUCUGGCGGAACAAGUUUGAUUUUAAAAAUCUAGCUCGAGGUGUCAUUGUUUUGGCAAUCACGUUUUCAGCAGUAGGCUGGGAAUAAGGAAGAGAAAAGUAGCUUUCCUAGCAGACUGGAAACAAGCCUCAUUGAAUGGAUUUUACACAUUCGUUGUGACUUAUGGUUUUUUGUAAUAUAAAGCCCUUUGAAAGUAAAA